ACAAGUACAAAAAAAAACAAACAAGUAAGAUAAUCUUGUCGGGAGUUCCCGACUACGUAAUACUCACACCCUCUUCUACCAAAUACGAGUUCAUUUGCUUUAGCCGUAAUAAAAUCUUUAGCUCUUAUGAGACGGACAUGGCUGGAUCGACUCUACUUUUACACGGACAUGCUUCCUUCUGCCUGUUAGAUACAUUAGAACAAAAGCAUUAUGCUCUUCUCACCCAUUUGUAAUGGGCUAAAUGGUUAUAAAAGCAAAUACCAAGUAAUCGACCCACAUAAGAUAAAGACCUUUAUUUUUUUCUAUUUGCACAAGUGCUAUCUAAUACAUGUGCCUAUUGUCACCUAUAACUCAGACAGUUUUCGGUUUAGGAGCUUAGUUGAUUCGGCAACGUGAAAUACUUCGGUUCGCUUUUUGGGUACUCGCUCUUUAUUAAUAAAGUGUGUCAAAUUAAGUGCAUAAUAAUAUUAAAAUAAAGCUAAUUAUGUUAAAACCUAAAUAAAAAUGUCAUGUUAAAUAUAUACAUGUACAAGGUGAAAGCAUAGAUUAAUAUACUGGAUAUGCAAAGCCAGUGAAGUUAUUUUAAACUUAAGAAUUUCUUGGACUUGGAACAAAGCUGGUUUGUGUGUGUUUAGACAAGUGUUAAAGCUGGAAACGUCAUACAAAAUGGUUGCACACUCCGUUCUAUACGAAGCGCGUGCCUCCAAAACACGUUCAUUGCUUACACUUAUGAUUGGUCUUCUCAUCGGUUUUUGUCUGGCUCAAAUUAUAUCCUACAUAACUAUAUCGGAAGGCAUCAAAUCCAACAAUAUUUUAGCCAGCAGCGAACCCCUUUUCCAGCACAAGGAAGCCGAAGAUACAAUACCAGAUUUCCAUGUGAUUAAACACGAGCAUCCAAACGAUGAUUCUUCGCUAGCCGAUAAGCUAAAGAAGGAGGUGCGUGUACUCUGCUGGAUUAUGACAAAUCCUAAAAAUCACAAAAAGAAGGCUCGCCAUGUCAAACGAACCUGGGGCAAACGCUGUAAUAUUCUCCUAUUCAUGAGCUCCGGAGAGGAUGAUGAGCUACCCACGGUAAAGUUGGAUGUUGGAGAAGGGCGAGAGAAUCUUUGGCGCAAAGUGAAGGAGGCAUUUAAAUAUGUGUACAAGCAUCAUUUCAACGACGCGGAUUGGUUCUACAAGGCAGAUGAUGAUACCUAUGCGGUUGUCGAGAAUUUGCGCUAUAUGCUAUAUCCCUAUAAUCCCGAGACACCCGUACAUUUCGGCUUCAAGUUCAAACCCUUUGUGAAGCAGGGUUACAUGUCGGGAGGAGCAGGCUAUGUGCUCAGUCGGGAGGCACUGCGACGAUUUGUUGUUGACGGCAUACCCGAUCCCAAGAUGUGUCUACAGGGCACCGUUAUCAACGAGGAUAUUGAAAUUGGAAAAUGCAUGGAGAAUCUAAAUGUGACUGCAGGCGAUUCCCGUGAUGUGAACGGACGCGGUCGCAUGUUUCCCUUUGUGCCUGAGCAUCAUUUAAUACCCAACAGAGACAAAGGGUAUUGGUAUUGGAAUUAUCUUUUUUAUAAGACGGAUGAUGGUCUCGAUUGCUGUUCGGAUAAUGCCAUUUCAUUUCACUAUGUGGGGCCAAAUCUGAUGUAUGCUCUAGAUUAUUUGAUCUAUCACCUAAAACCCUAUGGAGUGGUAAGGACGCAGCAAGAGUUGCCCGCUAAGCUGGCAGUAGGUGAGUUCCUUCCGCCGCCAAAGGAGGAGCCCGCCAACAGCAACGAGGAUUCCAUCGAUGAUGAAGACAGGUUGGCGAAUACAACAACUUUGGCUCCGACAGAACCUGAUGCGAGAGAAGUUAAUUCGAAGGAAGCCGAUUUAGAAGAGAAAUCAAAGCCGAAAGAGAACUCGAAAAUGGUAACAGAAAUCAAAAAACUGAAAAGAGAAGUAAAAAAACUUGAAGAUUUAAAUGAUCUAUAUUCAGAAGAAGAUAAGAGCACGUAAAAUUCGUAUUUUAUCAUUGUAAGAUUAUUUAUAAAUAAAAAUAAAAUACGCUUUAAAUAAGCCUCAUUGCUCAA